UUGAAAAUCAAGUUGAAAAAUGUUCCAAGAAUCACAGCAUCUGCUAUCUCGACGAGAAAUUUGAACCGUACUGCCGUUGUCCGCCAACGUUUUCCUUCAAUGAAGAAAAGCAAGUGUGCGAAUAUAAUGGGAAAAAUGCAUUUUUGCUCAAGAACUUACCUGUAUUGAAACAGAAAUAUAUGAGAAAAGAUGGCUCUGUGGAUAAAAUGUUGCUGCAUGCUGAUGUCAUUCAUUCUAUAAAAACAAUGUAUGCUGAGGAGGUACUAGAUUCUGCAUAUCUCUCUAACAUCAAGUUACUCAGUCACGUCCUGUAUUCUGACGUUGUACUUCAGUUCAAGAGGACAACUACGAUGACUGCAGGACGGUUUAAUCUUCAGGUGAUAAAAAAUAUCUCACGUGCUCAAUAUGAAGAUCGAGUAGCAAUGUUGCCGCCAUCUUUAGUACUCAUAAACAACGUAGAAAUAGUUUCGACUGAAAACGUUGAUUUCUGUUCGAAAUCGAUUACGAAUUUGUUGUGCGGAGAAGAAGCACAGUGCGAGGAUCGUAAAUGCUUUUGUCCUCCGGGAUACAGAAUGAAGACAGGAAGUUUGACAGAAACGGACAAAUAUACAAUCCUCAAAUGCGAAGACAUAGACGAAUGCAAAGAAGGGUUUCACAGCUGUACAGAAAACACUACGUGCGUCAACACUCCAGGAGAUUACUACUGUGGCUGUAAUCCUGGGUUUAAGAAAAUAGGCGAGUUAUUGCCGUUCCAGAAUGAAACGAACAAAAAGAGUUGUGUAGGUAUGCAUAGUCGUACAUUUCCUUUAUAA